CUUAGUGCAAUCAGUAAGUCGUGAUGGAACAGAGCCACAACGAACAACCGGAGCAAGAACACAAAAAACCCGAGAAGGCUCGGGGUGCCGACAUAAACUAUGGCAUCGACGAUAAUCCACCGUGGUAUUUUUGCAUUAUGAUGGCGCUGCAGCACUACCUCACGAUGAUCGGUGCGAUCGUUUCGAUACCAUUCAUCCUAACCCCGGCCUUAUGCAUGCGCGAUGAGGAUCCGGCCCGUGGAACCAUAAUCUCCACCAUGAUAUUCGUGACCGGUCUCGUCACGUACCUACAAGCAACCUGGGGCUGCCGGCUACCAAUCGUCCAAGGUGGCACCAUCUCCUUCCUGGUGCCGACGCUUGCCAUCCUUAAUCUGCCCCAAUGGAAGUGUCCACCGGCCGAAGUGCUGGACGCGAUGAGUGACCCCGACCGGACGGAACUUUGGCAGGUGCGCAUGCGCGAAUUAUCGGGUGCAAUUGCCGUUGCAGCCAUCUCUCAGUGUGUGUUGGGCUUCAGUGGGCUGGUGGGUAAGGUCCUGCGCAUAGUCACGCCACUGACGAUUGUGCCGACGGUGGCACUGGUGGGAAUAACGCUCUUCCGGCAUGCCAGCGAAACGGCCUCGAAGCAGUGGGGCAUCGCAAUCGGUACAACAGCGUUGUUGACGCUAUUCUCCCAGGGUUUGGCCGAAGUAUCAUGCCCGGGUUUGGUGUACCGGAAAGGACACGGCUUUCACGUGACCUGGUUCCCAUUGUUUAAACUAUUUCCGGUGCUGCUCACGAUCGCGCUCAUGUGGACGGUGUGUGGUGUGUUGACGGCAACCGGGGUUUUCCCCGAGGGUCAUCCGGCUCGUACCGAUGUCCGGUUGCGUGUACUGCAGGACGCACCAUGGUUCCGUGUGCCCUAUCCGGGUCAGUUCGGGUUACCGACCGUAUCGCUGGCCGGUGUGCUCGGUAUGCUGGCAGGUGUGAUCGCGUGUACGGUCGAAUCGAUCAGCUACUACCCGACGAUCUCUCAAAUGUGUGGUGCUCCACCUCCGCCAUUGCACGCCAUUAACCGGGGCAUAGGGAUCGAAGGGUUGGGUACGGUGCUAGCCGGACUAUGGGGUUCCGGCAACGGAACCAACACGUUCGGUGAGAACGUGGGUGCAAUCGGUGUAACGAAGGUGGGUAGCCGGCGGGUGAUUCAGUGGGCAGCCGGUGUCAUGAUUCUGCAGGGUGUCCUGAACAAGUUCGGGGCCGCUUUCAUUAUGAUACCGGAUCCGGUGGUCGGAGGCAUCUUCUGUGUCAUGUUCGGUAUGAUCACGGCAUUCGGGUUGGCCGCACUGCAGUACGUGGAUCUACGGUCCGCCCGGAACCUGUACAUCCUUGGACUUUCGUUUUUCUUUCCGCUCGUGCUGUGCCCUUGGUUGCAGGAACAUCCCGAUGCGAUCCGGACCGGUAAUGAGACGGUCGAUUCCACGCUGUCGGUGCUGCUCGGAACCACCAUUCUCGUCGGAGGUGUGUUGGGUUGUGCGUUGGACAAUCUCAUUCCCGGUACGCGGGAAGAGCGUGGGUUGGUCGCGUGGUCGAAAGAAAUGGCACUGGAAGUGGAUCCUUCCGAUGAGGAGUUACCGGGUGAGCAGAGAAACACGUUCGAUUUUCCGUACGGAAUGGAGCUGCUUCGACGAUGGAAGUGGACCCGUCACGUACCGUUCCUUCCGACGUACCGGAUGAAACUGUAAAACGACGCUAAAUCGCCAUUCCGAUGAAAGUAAACUUUUCUCACAAACAACAGACAUCGCAAACGCAUGGUCGAGUCGUUCAAUCUACUUUAUUUGAUAAGUCCACAAUACUGCUACCGUUAAAUAGCAUGCCACCGUGAAUAAAGGUACCCACUAACCUGAACGAUUAAAACUGGUCAACUCUACUCGAUCGAACCAACCCUUACACCGUCGCGUACGGUUUGCUUAUCAAAAAACAGGACCAAAUAAAUAUUGCUAGUGUAGUGGUUGCUCGGUGUGGGUGUACAUUUUUGGCAUCCAAUGAUUACUACGCUGAUACC